AUGGCUGCAGCAAAAUGGCUCCAGGUGAUGGAGAAAAUCUUCAGGGUGAUGAGAUGCCCUGACGCAAUGAAGUUAAUCUAUUCCGUGGAAGAAGAAGCAGAGAAUUGGGAGGCUAGGGAGCAGAAGCAGAAUGAAUUUAAUGAUUUGAAACAAGGGUUGAUGUCAAUUGACCAAUACUUUGUUAAAUUCAAUGAGUUGGUGAAAUACGCCAAUUAUGGGAGAGCUUUACCCACUCCGGCUGAAAUGACCUCCAAGUUCCAAUGGGGUCUGAACGAAAAGAUGUCUCGGAAGAUGUCAAACUGUGACAUUCGAGAAUUUAGUAGAUUUGUAAAUCAGUGCAGAAAGGUGGAAGAGGUAUACAUGGGGUCACAGAUCAAGAAGCCUUCUGAGGCCCAGACACCUAGUUCCAAUAGAGCAACGGGCUCAAGUUAUUGGAAGAACAAGAAGAUUAAAGGCAAGAAGCUAAAUGUGAAUAGUCCAUUAGACUUGUUUAAAAAGCCCGGAACUCCAAAGACUUUUGUUGAUAGGGGACCUCCUCCCAAGUGUAAAGGUUGUGGUAAGGAGCAUAGAGGUCCGUGUUCUACAGGUGAAGUCAUUUGCUAUAAAUGUGGAAGAUGGUUGGUUGUUGAUUAUGCCUUGGUGUUGUCUAGGAUUGAGGCAAUUGGACCAACAUUGAGUGACCAACCGUUGGAGCAAGCAAUGGAGCUUGAUUAG